AUGCCACCACGAGGUAUCAGGAGUCCUGGUGGAGGACGCGAAGUUUUAGAAUCUUCGCAAAUCGAUGUGGAGAAUCUAGUUAUUGAGACGCCAACCGCGUCAUCACUGCUGCGAGCUCAAGAUAAAGAGUGCCAAGAUAGUGAUGGGGAAGACCGCUCUGUCACCGAUGAAGCAGAUGGAAAUUAUCAAGAAAAUAUUGUUUCCAGCAAGCCACUCAUUGUACUUAAAACUUCGCGAGUCCUCCGUUCGAAUGCGGUCAAACAUGAGCCAAUGCAACCAGGUUCGCCGACAUCGAGUCAAACUGAGACUCCAAACUUGGCGAAACGGGGUCGCGAGAAACACGAUGAUGUGGCCACACGUCCUGAAAAACGCGUCAAGAAACCUGCGGUCGAUGCCAAAAUUAAAAAGUAUGAGAAGGCCUUUGAUGAGUGGCUGGAAGACUACAAAUCGAAAACUCAAGGCCUUGAAACCUUCAAAACUAAGAACCAGGAGUUAUGCAUGGAGAAUAAUACUCUUAAGAAAGGACUUAAGAAGGCACAACAAGACCAGAAACGAAUGGAAGCGCUGCAUAGCUCGGAGAUCUCCCUAUUACAAAGCGAGUGUAGUAAACUGAGAAAAAAGCUAGAAGCUGCCAUUGAUGCUUCGAAACAGGACAAUCUCAAGUAUACCAAAGUUUCGGAUUCUGACAUCACUGCAGAAUGGGGGAAAUUAUCCUUUAACAUCCGCGACCUAGUCUCCCAGUGCUUAACCAAGCAUCCCGCCAAUGAGAAUGACGAAAUCGAGACCUUGAUGAAACGGAUGAAAAGGUUCUUGCCUCUAUCCUAUUGCAAUGUUGCAAGCUUACGAGCUGCUGUGCUUCGGCGAAUGAUAUGGUAUAUAAUCAAGUCCGCUGUAUUCUCGGGGAUGCGGCCCAUCUGGUACGGAGCGGCCGGGCAGAUGUUGACACAGGUCGUGUAUAUGGCAAGUCAAGGAUAUAUCAACAAGUCCCAUUGCCUCAAGAUGGCCAGUCAAAUGAAACAGAGAGCAGUCGCUAGUCUCAAUGAAGACCCCCAGCUCCAUGAAAAAGCUGAAGGAGCUAUCUAUUUAUUGCUCGAAGCUACCAAAGCUACAGUUUCGAAGUUUAUUCCUGAUCCGAUGAUGGCGCUCUUUGAAGUCAAGAUGAAGAAAAUCAUUAUGGACGCGAUUGAUCUCCACGCCAUGAUGAUGAAUUCAAAGGCUAUUUUCUUGCAGCGGUGGCUUGGAGAUGAUAACAACAGGAGCUUCACUAUCUAUAACCGAGAAAUGAUGGAAUCUAUGCAAAGCGAUGUAGACACCUACACAUCUCGCUAUGUUGUAGAGUUUGUCGAAGCGCCAGGCUUAGUAAAAUAUGGUAAUGCCGAUGGUGAGGAUUUUGAGUUUAAUAUGAUCCUUUGCAAGUCUUCCGUUAUAAUUAGAGAAAAUGGAGCUAGAUCUACUUUGGAGGAUAAGACUGUACACAGGGCGGCAUGCGAUGACAAGGAUUUUGGCAAAGCCACAGCUGGAUCGAAAUCCGAAUUGGAACAAUAACUGGGACUCUUCUAUAUCUUUUAGACA